AGGCACAUUCCAUAUUGUCAUCAAUAAUCAUUUCAUAACUUUCCAAUGCAGCAAGAUAUCGCAUAGACUAUAGAGGGCACUUGUUCCUGUGACGUCACAAUACAAGCGUGGAAUAGAGUCACCGGUGUGUUUUUGAACUUGGACGACAGUGUACUGAAAGAAGAAGCGAAAAUGGGAUUAAUUACUUAUUUUUUGAUUUCCUUCACGUUAUAUUAUAUGCAAGGAGUGGCUCAGACUCAGGAGUAUAGCGUGUCACUAACCCCUACAUCAGCCAUGCUAAACAAGGGAGAGAACCUUAAGGCCCUGUGUAGCAUACCCGGACUGUCUGUCAUUGACAUUAUCAGUAAACUCAAGGUCAGGUGGUACCACAAUGGCCGCCAGCUGACCAGUCUCUGUGAAUUCGAGGAGGCCUCUAUAGAAAACAAGUAUGCCUGCAGUGUGCUCUCCCCUCAGGCAAACAACAUCAGCUUGGAGUUUACCUUACUGGACGUACAGAAGGCAGAUGCUGGAAACUUGACCUGUGAGGUGUUAAAACAAGUGAAAGAAGGAGGGAAAUGGGUCAGGGAUGACCUCGUAGCUAAUAAGUCUGUAGCCAUUACAAUCAGAGAACCAAUCACUUCAAUGACUUUCAAGUUUGACCAGUCCCACUCAGAAACCCUCACACUCCAAAACAAUCCAGCUCCGCACCGUAUUGAGGUCGAUCCAGGAAUGUAUGGCCCGUCGUGUAUGGUGAUGGGUAGUACUCCAAAAGCUAAUGUUAUGAUCAUGAUGGGGGGCGAGAUGAUGAAGGGUAGAGUGGUGGACAUGCCCAACGAGGCAGGAACACAGUAUGUGGCAGAUAAAAUGGAAUUUGAAGGAAACACUGACACCCUAAUAAUGUGCAGAGCCAGUGUCGAUGGUUUACCAGGUUCUAAGCAGGAAAGGACAUACAGGGUCGUUGUUCGUACAAUUGAUCCCAAAUUCAAAUGCACCAAUGAUUCCGCCACUGUGAACAACAAGCGACAUAAGGUUAAGUGUGAGGUUUUCGGGGUGGAGGGCAUCAUGUGUAACAAAGUUCUGUGGAAGCGCGGCAACGAUGGAAAGUCGUAUCCACCCGGCGACCACGGUCGACUAAAUAUAGAAUGUAUGCAAGAGGGUGAUGAUAAGUUAGUAACAACUAUGGAGAUCAAACAGGUUACGGCGGAAGAUUUCAAAACUCCAUUCCGGGUUAUCUACAAUGAUCCCAAUGCAAAAACAAAUGAAUAUCAACUCUCAAUUACACAAGAAUACAGUAACUCUGCCAUGCCAAUGACAACAACAUCAGCACUUUUCGUGUCACUUUUAUCUUUGACCCUUUCUCUUAUAUUGUAACGCACGUACACUGCCAUAGGCCUUUUUAAAAAUUAACUUACGCAAGAAUACAGCAACUCGUGCCUACUUGUAGAGAUAGAUUCUUACAUUUUUGUUUUCAAAUCUUUGUAUUAUUUUUUAUAACAAAUACUGAGUCAGACUUUAAUUUUCUGAAAUCUGCAAACAAAGGAACAAAUUUUAGAGACUGUAUGUUCUUCAUCAUGUACAUACCUCAUUGGAUUUAUGAGAGAUAAAGCAAGGAAGGAUUUGCCAGAAUUGUUUUAGAGAUCUACAACUUGUUAGAAGUCCCAUUCUAUGCUCCCUUGUCUUAGUGGAAGUUAAAGUAGCAAAUUGUACAUAAUAUGGGUUAACCCAUGCUUAUCUUCUGUCUUCGAAGAUCUAUAAAAGUAUGGAAAUUUAAAGAUACACAUGUCACUUGUAUGCUUGUUUAGAAUAUCAAUUGUGCAUUAGCAUUUUGCUGUCAUAUUCACAUGAAUUUUUAUCUUCUCUUGUUUUAUAUCUCAAAGUUCAUUGCUUUUAAGGGUGAUUGUGAACCAGUCUGUCUGUUCAGUUCAUUGUGACUUUAGUAUAUAUUACAUUCCAGUGUUAACAUCGCAUUCAUUGACCGUAUUUAUGUUACAUGUAAGUAAACGAAUCAUUAUAAUAAUGCUUCUAGUGUAGCCAAUUCUUAAAUUUUUAUCCUAAUUAAUGUAAAUAUAAUUUUUCAAUAUUGCAGCUGUUCAAUAUGUGUAAUAUUCUCAUUGAUGAUAAAAGUUCAUGAGAUUUGAGAAUAUGUCACCUUAAACCAAGUGUAGAGAGGAUUUAUAUAAGUUAUGAAGUGCUAAUCAAAUGUAUAAAAUUUAUUUUUCAUUUACAAAUGAAUACCAAAGACAUAAUCUUUGCUCAGAAAAUGUUAUUAAGAAAAGGAAACUGAAUGUCACUGAAAAUUUUGGCGUAAAUAAAGUUGAAAUUAUAUUUCAUUUUUUUGAAGUUUUUUUAAAUGGUACAUUGAGAUAAAUGAAUUUUUUAAAAAUGUAUGUUAUGUAAAUGAAUGCAGGACAUCUUAUGAUAUACAUUUACAUAUUCACUAAAUAUUAAAAUGUGUCGAUUACAUGUAUAUAUAAGUAUUAAGACUGUAUCAAUAAACCUAUUGUUAAUAAAUUUGACCUUUAAAAGAUGUAAAAUAAUGGUUAUUUAAGGGAAACCGUAUUUAUAAAAAAAUAUUUGUUGUUGUCUUUGUCAAAUUCUUCAAUGUUUCAAGAAGUAUUCUUUAUCUAAAUAUAGUUCUUCGUUAUUUUUAGCAAAACACAGUUCAGCAUUAAG